AUUCACAGGCGUCAGCAACAACCUGGUUGUGCAAUGGUUGAGCCUCAUCCUGGGUGAACCACCUUCUUGAUCAUGGUGUCUCCCCUGCCAGACAAAGUAAGAGUCGCAGCCAUGACGAAGAACUGCCACAACGACUACAAAAUGAAGUUCUCCGUGGACGAGGAGUUCCCCGAUCUCUCCCUGCACAACAACCACAUGGCCAAGGUGCUAACCAAGGAGAUCUACGGCAAGCUGAGGAGCAAGUCCACCCCCAGUGGCUUCACCUUGGAUGAUAUCAUCCAGACUGGUGUUGACAACCCUGGUCACCCCUUCAUCAUGACCGUGGGCUGCGUUGCUGGUGAUGAGGAGUCCUAUGAGGUCUUCAAGGAUCUGCUGGACCCCGUCAUCUCCGACCGUCACGGCGGAUACAAGCCCACCGACAAGCACAAGACUGACCUGAACUUCGAGAACCUGAAGGGUGGUGAUGACCUGGACCCCAACUAUGUGCUGUCCAGCCGUGUUCGUACCGGCCGCAGCAUCAAGGGAUUCACCCUGCCCCCCCACAACAGCCGUGGAGAGCGCAGAAUGAUUGAGAAGCUGUCCAUUGAGGCCCUGGCCAACCUGGACGGUGAGUUGAAGGGAAAGUACUACCCUCUGAACGGCAUGACCGACGCCGAGCAGGAGCAGCUGAUCGCUGAUCACUUCCUGUUCGACAAACCCGUGUCCCCCCUGCUGACCUGCGCUGGUAUGGCCCGUGACUGGCCCGACGCCAGAGGCAUCUGGCACAACGACAACAAGACCUUCCUGGUCUGGGUGAAUGAGGAGGAUCACCUGCGUGUCAUCUCAAUGCAGAAGGGAGGCAACAUGAAGGAGGUCUUCAAACGCUUCUGCGUUGGCCUGCAGAAGAUUGAGGAGAUCUUCAAGAAGCACAACCACGGCUUCAUGUGGAACGAGCAUCUGGGCUACAUCCUGACCUGCCCCUCCAACCUGGGAACCGGCCUGCGCGGUGGCGUGCACGUCAAGCUGCCCAAGCUCAGCACACAUCCCAAGUUCGAGGAGAUCCUGACCAGGUUGCGUCUGCAGAAGCGUGGCACAGGUGGUGUGGACACAGCCUCCGUGGGUGGUGUGUUCGACAUUUCCAAUGCUGACCGUCUGGGCUCCUCCGAGGUGGAACAGGUCCAGCUGGUGGUUGAUGGCGUCAAGCUGAUGGUUGAGAUGGAGAAGAAGCUUGAGAAGGGAGAGUCCAUCGAUGGCAUGAUCCCCGCCCAGAAGUAAAGUAGACAGACAACCGAUGACUGAAUGACUGUCUGUGUUUGUUUUUUUAUAUUAUAAAAAAUGAACAGGUAGCCUCGUUGUAAAGUUAUUUUACUGGUUUCGGCCAACUGGCUACUUCCUGCUUGCUUCCUUCCUUCAGGAAGACACUUUUUCCUCACUCAUCCUUUCCUGCUUUGUGUUUGGUUCUUCUCACUUUAAUCAUCUCUCCCCCUAUCUUCUCUGUAACAUCCUGGGAUCAAUCCAUGCAUAGUCUGGUCGUGGCUAUGUAUUCACAUCGAAAGAAUUUUUUUUUUUUGGUUGUAAAAUAUAAUUGGACAAUUAAACUAUGCCCCAUGUGACAAUCAAA